AUGAAAAUAAAUGGGAGUCAUCUGAACAGUUCUUCGCUGGCUCCGCAUGAGUUAAACCUGAGUCGUCCUCCGUGGGUUGCUACAACUUUGGGAAGCUUUCUGAUAUUUACAAUUGUGGUUGACAUUUUGGGCAACCUUCUGGUAAUUUUCUCCGUUUACAGAAACAAAAAACUGAGGAACGCGGGGAACAUAUUUGUUGUGAGCCUUGCAGUGGCAGAUCUAAUGGUGGCAAUUUAUCCCUAUCCCCUGGUUCUUACAUCAAUCUUUCACAAUGGAUGGAACCUGGGGUACGUUCACUGCCAGAUCAGUGGGUUUGUCAUGGGACUCAGUGUCAUUGGGUCUAUAUUCAACAUCACUGGCAUCGCUAUCAACCGCUACUGUUACAUUUGCCACAGUCUAAAAUAUGACAAACUGUACAGCGACAAGAACUCUGUCUGCUAUGUCCUUCUGAUCUGGGUCCUAACCGUUAUCGCCAUUGUGCCAAACUUGUUUGUGGGGUCCCUGCAAUACGACCCGAGGGUCUACUCCUGCACCUUUGUGCAGUCCGCCAGCUCGGCUUACACUAUCGCUGUGGUGUUUUUCCACUUCAUCCUGCCUAUCAUGAUUGUCACCUACUGCUAUCUGAGAAUCUGGAUUUUGGUAAUCCAGGUCAGAAGACGAGUCAAACCUGACAUCCGACCAAAGCUCACACCACAUGACGUGAGGAAUUUUGUCACCAUGUUUGUGGUAUUCGUCCUCUUUGCCGUGUGUUGGGCACCGCUGAAUUUCAUUGGCCUUGCAGUGGCUGUCAAUCCAGGUAUGGUCAUGCCCCUCAUUCCUGAGUGGCUUUUUGUAUCCAGCUACUUUAUGGCCUAUUUCAACAGCUGCCUUAAUGCCAUCGUCUAUGGACUGCUGAACCAGAACUUCAGAAGAGAAUAUAAAAGAAUAAUUGUUUCCAUUUGUACUGCAAAGAUCUUCUUCGCUGAGAGUUCCAAUGAUGCUGUUGAAAGAAUUAAGAGCAAGCCAUCCCCUUUAAUGACAAAUAACAACCAAGUCAAAGUGGAUUCUGUGUGA